UCAGAAUCAAAAGACAGCUCAGAAGGUUUCGUAACUCCGAGUGUUGUGUCGUGCUUCGCCAGUCGCCUCGAUGCAUAACAAACUAGGGAAUAACGUAGAAACGGAUUCAUAGCGAGAAAACUCGGUGGGGGAGUUAAGUUUACAUCCCGAUACCGUUUCGUGAGAUCGUGUGUAUUCUUUGUGAAUUCAUUUUGCAGUAAAUAUACUGAUAUUCCAACCAGAAAAUUUGCCGAUUUUGUGAUCUUCAACGGCGUUCAACUGGUGAAGUGAUUGUACGAUUGAAAAUCCGCUAUGUAAAGAAAACGGGACACGAGAAUUGUAUGUAGAUUUUUUUUUGCUGCGAGACCAGUGAUAUCAAACAUUGACCCCCAACGAAUAGACGCGACCCAAGAUCGUGGGAGCCUGACUAGUUGAUUGUUUUCGGUAAGAGGAAAGAACCUCUUCGGAGUAAUUGCUGACACUUUUGGUAGGGGAAAACGAAAAUUUUCGGCGAUUGAUUGUCGUUUCUUCUAUAAAUGUAAGUACGGGUUAGUUAUUAGAAUCAGUUGCUAGAUUCAGCACCGAAAUGGUGGCGUGGUCUUCGUCUCAUAAACGACACGUCCGCAUUCUGCUAGUUGGAGACCAAGGUGUCGGAAAAACUUCACUCAUUUUGUCACUGGUCAGUGAGGAAUUCCCGGAAGAUGUUCCAACCAAAGCGGAAGAGAUUACCAUCCCGGCAGAUGUCACACCGGAGCAAGUACCCACGAAUAUUGUGGACUAUUGCGCUACUGAACAAUCCGAUGAUGUGCUCACGGAGGAAAUCCAGAAAGCUCACGUAGUUUGUAUCGUCUACUCGGUGGAAUGUGAGGAAUCGUUGGAACGUAUUACCUCACACUGGUUGCCUGUAAUUCGGGAAUGUUCCGGUGAUCAGCGAAAACCGGUGGUACUGGUGGGCAACAAAAUCGAUUUAAUCGAUUACUCGACCAUAGAUCAUGUGCUGUCGAUAAUGGAAGAUUUUCCGGAGGUGGAAAGCUGCGUCGAGUGUUCAGCAAAAACUCUUCACAACAUAUCGGAAAUGUUCUACUAUGCACAGAAAGCAGUUCUACAUCCAACGGCGCCACUUUAUAUCAUGGAGGAUCAAGACCUUACCGAACCAUGCAAAAAAGCACUGAUACGAAUAUUCAAGGUGUGUGACAUAGAUGGUGAUGGUUUGCUGAAUGACUACGAGUUGAAUCACUUCCAACGCCGGUGUUUCAACGCUCCGCUUCAGCCGCAGGUGCUGGACGAGGUCAAAGCGGUAUUAAUGAAAAAUACUCCUGAUGGCAUCCGGAACGACUCGGUAACGCUAAAGGGCUUCCUUUUCCUACACUGCUUGUUCAUUCAGCGGGGGAGGAACGAGACCACAUGGGCCGUCUUGCGACGUUUUGGUUACAAUGAAAGUCUUGAAAUGAGCCGAGAAUAUCUAUAUCCGACAGUGAAAAUCCCUCCCGGAAGUAGUACGGAACUGUCCCACCGCGGUCAACAGUUUCUAAUUUCGCUUUUCGAGCGAAGCGACCGAGAUGGGGAUGGUGCUUUAUCACCGGAAGAGUUUCGGGUGGUGUUCAGUGCUUGCCCUUGUCCUCCUUUUUCGACAGAUAUCAAGCGAACUGUUCCGACCAAUGAAAAUGGGUGGCCAACACUGCACGGAUGGAUGUGUCGCUGGACAUUGAUGACUCUAGUCGAUCUAAAUAAAACGUUAGAAUACUUAGCAUAUUUAGGCUUCAGUGUUCACGAAAAUGAAUCGCAACUGGCUGCAAUACAUAUAACCCGGGAACGAAGAAUCGAUUUGGCAAAGAAACAGAACAGCCGAUCCGUUUAUAUGUGCCACGUGAUUGGCCCCAAGGGAUCCGGCAAAACUUCUUUCUGUCGAGCUUUUCUGGCUGAAGAUAUGCGAAAACUAACGGAUAAAGAAAUUCGUGGCUCCAACCAGUUCGCCAUCAACACUGUUCAGGUAUACGGACAGGAGAAGUAUCUUGUCCUUCGGGAUAUAGACGUUCGCCAAGUACUGGAUCCGCUGCAGCCAAGCGAAGUCAACUGCGAUGUGGCCUGUUUGGUGUACGACGUCAGCGAUCCCAAAUCGUUCGAGUACAUCGCCCGGAUAUACAUAAAAUACUUUGCGGAGAGCAAAAUUCCCGUACUGAUUGUGGGAGCCAAGGCUGACACGGAGGAGAUUAGACAGGAGUAUCUGCUGCAGGCACCGGACUUUUGUCACAAGUAUAAACUACUCCCGCCCCAGUACUUCAGCGUCAAACAUAAUAAAAAGGAUAUCUACACAAAACUAGCAACGAUGGCGGCAUUCCCUCGUUUUCAAGCCGCGUGGAUUCUUUUCUAUAAGCAUAGAUUGGUACAACUGUGGGAGCAAACCCAUUUGAAACAAUUCGGACUCAUUACCAGCGAUCCGCUUCUCUGGUGGAAGGCUGGCCUCGGUAUAGCAGCAGUGACCAUCGUCGGCUUUUUUGUGGCGAAAGCGUUUCACGGUUCCAGUUCGCACGCACGAUGAAUCAACUAGCUUACGAACGGCGGAAAAUAUCACAUCCUACUCAGCGGCUCGCUGGCGUAUAUCGCUGAUCGCGCAAUAUUCGAAUUAAAUAGUUUUACAGAACCGUACUUUUGGGCUUUUGUCCGCGUAGAAUUUGACAGGCUGUUCCUUAUCAAACUAAACAUUGUGUUAGUGCAUAAAUAUAUUCGCAUUGAACUGCGACGAAGGUUCUCGUGUCACACCUUGCCUCGGUUUUCAAUAUUACUGAACUAAUGUAUAUAUAUAUAUUUAGCGCAGAUAGUAGGUGUCUGCGAGCAAUGCUAUAGGUUCUAGAUUAUGCGUAGCAGAACACUGCUAAAAUUUACAAAUCCCAAAGUUUAGACGCUGUUUGCGCUUCAUGGCAUGUCCUAUGUAUAAGUAAUUAUCCCUAAAGGAAGAAUUUUAUAUUUUAUUGAUACAGCUUCGUUUAGUUUGAAAUAUUUCCGCGACGUAAUUUGAUUGGCACAUUAUCGCCAAUGAACAUUUCCUUCAUAAGGGGUAUACAAUAGGGAUCACAUUACAGCUAUUGGCUUCGUGCCAGAAUAUGCUCCGGAUAUCUAUCGCUGAUAAAGAUGUGAAUGCGAUGAAUCUUUCGUACUAAACAAAUAAACAACAUCAAAGUCUAAUAAAUACCAUAUGUAAUUAGUUCAAAAUUAAA